CUUCGUCAACUCCGUCAAGCAUUCCCCUUCUGUUUACCUUUCAUGCGAGCAAAGGAGAGAGUUGCUCAACACAAUGCCAUCCUUCGAUGAGCUGCUGGUCGACAUAGGAGACUUUGGGCCCUACCAGAAGAAGAUAUGUCUGCUGUGCUGCAUCCCUGGGGUCCUGUUCGCUUUUGUAUAUGUGGGCGUAGUCUUCAUUGGGAGAACCCCCGGGCACUGGUGCCGUGACCCGGCUGCUGAGCGGGCUCUGGAGGCUUGUGGCUGGUCGGACGAGGAUCUGAGGGAAAUCACUGUUCCACAGUUGGCCGCGGGCUCCUUCAGCAGCUGCCAGAGGUUCGACCUGGACUGGAACAGCACAGAGGCGGGCUGUAGGCACCACAGCGGUGGGCUGUCCACCUUCAACACCACCGGGCUGGUAACGUGUCACAGCGGCUGGCACUUUGACCAGUCCCUCUCUACAAUCGUCUCUCAGUUUGAGCUGGUGUGUGAGAAUGCAUGGAAAGCAGAUCUUAACCAAGCUUUCUUAAAUGUGGGGUUUCUGCUGGGAGCAGUGGUAAUUGGUUAUGGAGCGGACAGAUAUGGUCGAAAACGUUGCUUCCUCAUUUCAGUUUUUGGGCUUGGUGUUUCCGGUGUUGGAAUGAUAUUUUCUCCAAGUUACCCAGUUCUUUUGGCAUUCCGUGUUAUCCAGGGGGUUUUCGGAAAAGGGGCAUGGAUGUCUUCUUAUGUGCUGGUGACUGAGAUUGUUAGCGCAAAGCGAAGGCGACUGGUGGGGAUUGUGGCCCAGAUCUUUUUCACCAUUGGGGUCAUCAGUCUGCCUGGAAUAGCGUAUUUUAUUUCUUCAUGGAAGAUGCUGCAGUUCACCCUGACAUUGCCAUGUUUUAUCUUGCUGGUGUAUUAUUGGCUCAUUCCAGAAUCUCCACGAUGGCUGCUCUCAAUGAAUAAAAAGACAGAAGCCAUGAAGACCAUCAAAAAAAUAGCAAGAAAGAAUUUAAAAACUCUCCCAAAGGAAUAUAUCGAGAUGGGGAUUUUAGAACCUGGUCUUGACAGUGAUUUGUCAAAUACUCCAUCUCCAUUAGAUGUCUUCAAGACACCUCAGAUGAGGAAGAUAACUCUGAUCUUAAUGUAUUCCUGGUUUACCAGCUCAGUGGUGUACCAGGGCUUGAUAAUGCGCACAGGCAUCAUCCAAGGGAGCUUGUAUCUUGAGUUCUUCCUCUCAGGGGUGGUGGAGCUGCCCUCAGCGCUGCUUUUCUACUUGACCGUCGACAGGUUCGGUCGAAAGGUGCCUUUUGCUUUGUCUAACAUCAUCGGUGGCCUCUCUUGUUUGGCUGCAACUUUUACACCUGAUGAUAUUCCUUGGCUGAGAACUGCCGUAGCUGUCACUGGGAGGCUUGGAAUAACACUCGGUUUUGAGAUUGUGUAUUUGAUCAGUGCUGAACUUUAUCCCACAUCAUUACGGAACCUUGGUGUGUCCAUUUCAUCAGCACUCAGUGAUGUCGGCGGAAUUGCUGCUCCCUUCCUGCUCUUCAGAUUAGCAAAUCUGUGGACAGAAUUGCCCAUGUUAUUAUAUGGAGUUAUGUGUUUGAUCUAUGGUGCUCUGGUGUUUCUCUUGCCUGAAACUAAAGGGACUGACCUACCUGAGACCACUGAAGAUAUAAAAGCUCUCAGGUAACUGGUAACUGAUACAAUGACAAGGUUAAAAUUCAGACAAUAACUGCAUCUUUUAGACAAUUUUAUUUUAUUUUUUUAAACUGGCAGCAGAACUUAUAUGGUCCAUAUUGUGUGAGACGGACAUUGUGUAGUAACACAAGAGUCUGAAAAGCCAUACUCACGUCUUAUAAAAUACUUACACAGUUACAUUAGGCUGUUCUGCCACACUGAAGAAAGUGAAAGACCUUUUCUAUUGUUAUACUGAGUUGGUUCUUUCGAAAAUCUUACGUAGCUUAUACGAUGUAAUAUAUCUAUAUGCAGUGUUACGUUCACAGCGGGUGUCCAUGUUGUUUUCUUUUUUGGUUUACCCCUCCUCUUGACUUGGAUUGGAGCCCAACUGU